AUGUCGAAGCGCAUCACCCGCUUCGAGGCGAACCAGCCCGACUGGCAGAUCACGAUCCAGUGCCGCUACUCGAUGCCGUUCCGGUGGCUGACGAAGCCCGUGUGGAAGAUGAAGACCCACUUCAACGAACUCUUCAACGUCUACAAGGACGAGCGCAUCGACCUCAAGACCGUGCGCCUCUCGCGCAAGCUCGGCGCGCGCCGGCGUCGCCCCGUCGACGGCGGCGGCGAGGAGCUCACGGACGUCGGGCCGUGCGGCAAGCACCUCAAGGACGGCGACGUCCUCACGCUCGCGCCCCGCGACGGCACGGUCUGCGAGAACCUCGACGAGAUGGAGUGCGUCACCUUCCAGAUGGGCGACGGCAUCUACUGGUAG